GAUGUUUACGGCGGCGGAGGUCGGGGCUGCGUAGUGGGAGGCGGACUGGCGAGGGGCGCCAGAAGAACUGCAGGUGCGGCCCAGCGGCCGAUCCCGCGGGCCCGCCGAGCCAGGAGAAGGUGACAGAGUCUGUUAAGGAAGUAUUGGCCCUUCAAGCCUUGGGGACUUAGCUUCAGGUGACCCCGAAGAUGGGCGGCGCCGUGAGUGCCGGUGAAGACAACGACGAGCUGAUAGACAACCUGAAGGAGGCGCAGUACAUCCGCUCCGAGCUGGUGGAGCGGGCCUUCCGGGCCGUGGACCGCGCCGACUAUUACCUCGAGGAGUUCAAAGAGAACGCGUACAAAGACUUGGCGUGGAAGCACGGUAACAUCCACCUCUCCGCCCCGUGCAUCUACUCGGAGGUGAUGGAGGCCCUGGACCUGCAGCCUGGCCUCUCCUUCCUGAACCUGGGCAGCGGCACUGGCUACCUCAGCUCCAUGGUGGGGCUCAUCCUCGGUCCUUUUGGUGUGAACCACGGGGUGGAACUCCAUUCAGAUGUGACAGAAUACGCGAAGCAGAAGCUGGACUUUUUCAUCAGGACAAGUGACAGCUUCGACAAGUUUGACUUCUGUGAACCCUGCUUCGUUACCGGCAAUUGCCUGGAGCUUUCUCCAGCUUGUUCUCAGUAUGACCGGGUGUACUGCGGGGCAGGCGUGCAGAAAGAGCACGAGGAGUACAUGAAGAGCCUCCUCAAAGUCGGGGGCGUCCUGGUCAUGCCGCUGGAAGAGAAGUUGACUAAGAUAACUCGCACUGGCCCUUCUGCUUGGGAAACCAAAAAGAUUCUGGCUGUUUCUUUUGCGCCACUGAUCCAGCCCUGCCACUCAGAGUCGGGAAAAUCAAGACUUGUCCAGUUACCACCCCUGGCGGUUCGCAGCCUCCAGGACCUGGCGCGCAUUGCCAUCCGGGGCGCCAUUAAGAAGGUCAUCCACCAGGAAGCUGUGAACAGAAACGGGAACGGACUGAAGAACACUCCCAGGUUUAAACGAAGGAGAGUUCGCCGCCGCCGAAUGGAAACGAUUGUCUUUUUGGACAAAGAGGUGUUUGCCAGUCGGAUCUCCAACCCCUCUGAUGACACCAGCUGCGGAGACCUGGAAGAGGAGCGGCGGGGAGAAGAGGCGACGACCCCGCCGGACACCAGGCCAGAGCCCCCGGUGAACUUCCUGCGUGAGAAGGUCCUGAGCCUCCCUCUGCCAGAUCCCCUGAAGUACUACCUGCUUUAUUACAGAGAAAAGUAAGCCUGUGGUCCAGGGGGGGGGAGGCCAAGCCUUCCUGGAGGGCCGCCCGCAGCAGCUGCACUGCAGGAGGAAGGGGCUCCCGCUCUGCAUCUCGUCUUCUCGUCUGUCCUUGACUGUCCUGUGGAGCUUUCAUCCAGCGGUCUGAUUUCUGUAAACACAGUCUGACAAACAUAAGGUGCAAGGGAGAACGUUGUCUCAAAAGGGCGAGUGUCUCCUGGAGGAGGGGUUGACUUCACACUCUCGGGAAAUGCUGAGGUCUGCACGUGGAGGUGGCCUGGAGACCGUUUCUUAUACAAGGUACACAUGUCUGCAUCAGAAAGGAGAACUGAAGUUGAAAUUAACCUGUGUUUCUUACAAAAGGUGAGACAAAAAGCACAAGUUGGUAAGUGUAUAGAAUCUUUUCUGAGUGGGACAUGCCUAUGUGCAAGUUUGAAUUUUACGGUAUCAACCUCUUAAUUACUGGCACUGAGUAAUUAAAAGAUUUUUUAAAAGAUUAAUUAAAAAGAUUUAACUAAAUCUUUUAGUUAUCUGGAACGUGGAUACUUGAUUGAAAAGCCCUCUCUUAUUUUAAGUAAAUUAAUUACAUCUUACGUGAGUUGUCAAUUGUAAUUUUAAAAAAGAAAAAUUGUGAUGGGGAGAGGAAUGAACGUAUCAAAUUGCCAGAUGUCUUUGUGGAAUUGCAAAAGAAUUCCAAGGAAUUUUUUUCUGACACCUUUUGUUACCUUUAAAAGAACCAACGUUGAGUAAUCCCCUCAAAGAAAGUCCUGAAGAAUGAAACAAGUGUUGUGUGUUAAGUAAUGAGCUACAUUACUUUUGCCCCAGAGACAGAGAGUACUGUUGACUCAACUUUAAAUACAGUCACGGUGUCUAAGGCUCAGUCCUCCGAGUAGGUGGGAAGUACUGGCUGCAGGAAAUGGAUUGGGGACGAUGUAGACGGCCUGUGGGUUGGUUUUUUUGUUUUUUUUUUUCCAGUUGGCUAUUUUUCUGUAAUCACAUUACAGUACUGAUUGAUAGAUUUUAUCUUUUAUAAUUCUGGAGAAAAAUAUUUGUUAGUUUUGUAAUUUUUCCUAAGAACAAACGUGUGUUUAGUACAUUGCAUUUGAACAGUUGCGCUCAGAGUGGCUCGUGGAAUCCGUCUUCUCCAGCGCUGUGUGUGGAGAGCUUCCCCCUCUUAUCAAGUCAUGGGUCU